UAUAUAAUCUCGAGGAGCCCGCGUCCUUUCCCUGGCGUGAUUCCGUCCUACGCGGAGGUUCUCUUGGGCCAUUAGCUGUAUAUUUCCGUCCGCGUUCUCUCCCUCCUAAGUGCGUUGCAUCACUCCAUGGAAGAUUCGAUGGAUAUGGACAUGAGCCCUCUGAGGCCCCAGAACUAUCUUUUCGGUUGUGAACUGAAGGCCGACAAAGAUUAUCACUUUAAGGUGGAUAAUGAUGAAAAUGAGCACCAGUUGUCAUUGAGAACGGUCAGUUUAGGGGCUGGUGCAAAGGAUGAAUUGCACAUUGUGGAAGCAGAAGCAAUGAAUUACGAAGGCAGCCCCAUUAAAGUAACACUAGCAACUUUGAAAAUGUCUGUACAGCCAACGGUUUCCCUUGGGGGCUUUGAAAUUACACCACCUGUUGUCUUAAGGUUGAAGUGUGGUUCAGGGCCUGUGCAUAUUAGUGGACAGCACUUAGUAGCUGUGGAGGAAGAUGCAGAAUCAGAUGAUGAAGAGGAAGAGGAUGUAAAACUCUUAAGUAUAUCUGGAAAGCGAUCUGCCCCUGGAAGUGGUAGCAAGGUUCCACAGAAAAAAGUAAAACUAGCUGCUGAUGAAGAUGAUGAUGAUGACGAUGAUGAAGAUGAUGAUGAUGAAGAUGAUGAUGACGAUGAUUUUGAUGAUGAGGAAACUGAAGAGAAAGCUCCAGUGAAGAAAUCGAUAAGAGAUACUCCAGCCAAAAAUGCACAAAAAUCAAACCAGAAUGGAAAAGACUCAAAACCUUCAACACCAAGAUCAAAAGGUCAAGAAUCCUUCAAAAAACAGGAAAAGACUCCUAAAACACCUAAAGGACCUAGUUCUGUAGAAGAUAUUAAAGCAAAAAUGCAAGCAAGUAUAGAGAAGGGUGGUUCUCUUCCCAAAGUGGAAGCCAAGUUCGUCAAUUAUGUGAAGAAUUGCUUCCGGAUGACUGACCAGGAGGCUAUUCAAGCUCUGGCAGUGGAGGAAGUCUCUUUAAGAAAACAGUUUAAACAGUUUGUUAAAAUUUUCCGUCUUAUUUCAUUUCUGUAACAGUUGAUAUCUGGCUAUCCUUUUUAUAAUGCAAAGUGAGAACUUUCCCUACCGUGUUUGAUAAAUGUUGUCCAGGUUCCAUUGCCAAGAAUGUGUUGUCCAAAAUGCCUGUUUAGUUUUUAAAGAUGGAGCUCCACCCUUUGCUUGGUUUUAAGUAUGUAUGGAAUGUUGAUAGGACAUAGUAGUAGUGGCGGUCAGACAUGGAGAUGGUGGGGAGACAAAAAUAUACCUGUGAAAUAAACUCAGUAUUUUAAUAAAAGUAAUACUGUUUCUAUUUACUUAUUUGACAUUUAUAAUUUGUCAAAAAAAUGACAUACUUUAAAAUGUUAAAUAGUAUUCUAAGAUCUCAUGAAAAAUGUCCUUGGUCUAGUUUAAAUUUUUCAUGGUGCUAGGAAUGGAACCCAGGACUUCAUGCAUGCUAGGCAAGUGCUCUGCCACUGAGUACACUCCCAGCCCUGGUUAACCAGUUUUCCUCAUAGGGAUUUAGUGUGCCUGUAUAUCCACCUCAUAUAGUAACCAAUAUUUAUGCAAGGUAUUCCAAGAGACAGAUUGCUCAUCUACCUAACCUUGCCAUCCAGAGGAAAUCUGGCAUGUUGUAGCAACCUGGAACAACCGUUCAACUGAACAAGAACAGAAAAUGAUUUUGGUGACGUCCUCAAUUUGCCCAAGAAGUAGUAUGAAGACUUGUCCGUUACAUGAAAACAUUCAGCUUACAUAUCUCCUGGUAUAAAAACAUGAGA